AUGUUAUCAGUUCUAAGGAAGGCUAGGCUAAAGGACAAAGAGAUGAGAGUCCUGAUGCUGGGACUCGACAACGCGGGCAAGACGACAAUAGUAAAGAGCAUCAUGGGCGAAGACAUCACUACGGUGAGCCCUACGCUGGGCUUCAUCAUCAAGUCCAUCGAUUUUGGCGGGUACAAAUUAAAUAUAUGGGAUGUAGGCGGUCAAAAGACACUACGGUCCUACUGGAGAAAUUACUUUGAAAAGACGGAUACGUUGAUAUGGAUUGUUGACGCUACAGACCGGUUCCGACUUGAUGACUGUCGACAAGAGCUUGCUAGUCUCCUUGUCGAAGAGCGGCUGAUGGGAGCAAGUCUUCUUGUUUUCCUCAACAAGACUGAUGUUGACGGCUGCAUGACCGAAGAUGAAGUCCGAAAAGGGCUUAAGCUCGACGCCAUCAAGACGCACAAGUGGACUAUUAUGCCUUGCAGUGCGGUGACGGGCCUAAACCUGACCAAGGGCCUCUCCUGGGUCGUCCAAGAUGCAAAAGACCGGCUCUUCCUCUACUGA